AUGGAGAGAACUGAUAUCUCAAAACUUCAUGUAGAUAUACUGAGAGCAAUUAUGCUACGUGUACCUCUUGAAUCUUUGGUUAAAUGCAUCCCUGUCUGCAGGAAAUGGAGAUCAACAAUCCGUGGAGAAGGAUUCAAAAACCUUUACUGGGCCCAAUCCAUGACAAGGCCUCGCUUGCUGAUCGAAUACAGUCGUGGAACGUUCACACAACCCUCAGAUAAGUUGUUUCAGUCUGUUUAUCAACAAGAGGAACCGUUGUUCUCGUCUGGUAUAAAACAGAUGCUUAUCUCUUCACCACCACUCGACUAUCGUAUGUUUUCUGCACCCCAACGAGGUUUGGUCUGUCUUGGAUAUGAAACUAAGUUUGUGCUAUGCAACCCGGGCACCAACAGGGGUAAGGCUUUACCGGAAUGCGAACGGCUUCGACCAGUAGAAGAGUCGGAAAUAAUUUGUUUUUUCGGAUACGAUGAAGUUACACAAGUAUUCAAGUUUUUAGUCUCGGAAAUUGGUGCUUUAUUAUUUACAAGUGAAUAUUCGCAUAAGCCACUAAUGCCACAACAAGUUUUCACGGUUAAGCUAGCCGAGCUCGAGAGUAUGAAAGAAAAAUCUUGGAGAGUGAUCGAAUGUCAGCAUAAUCAUGUCCCAGUUACUAAAUCACUAUGUUUGAAUGGAGCUUUGUACUAUGGAGCUAAGUCCCUUGUGGAGACGGAUAAAUCUAUGAUAAUAAGCUUCGACUUGGGGUCUGAGAAGUUCACAAUUAUUGACUUGCCAGAAGGAGUAAAACUUGCGUACGUUGGUGAUAGAUUGGUGAACUAUAACGGGGAAGUUUGCUUAGUGAAAGACUUAUGGGAUGUCAGGGACGACGGCACUAGAGUGUAUAAGAUUUAUGUUAGAGAUGAAAGUGCAAGAAAAUGGAGGGAAAUGGCCGUUGUGAUUCCUUGCUUGGGAGAUGAUGUUGGGGAUGUGAGGUUUUGUUGCGCAGGUACCAUUGGAACAACAGAAGAGCUUGUACUUGUUUUCGCAACGGAGUCGGUGGAGAAAAAAGGAUCACCGUUGGUGUUGUAUUACGACACAGCCACAAAGAAUCUGAGAUUGUUUCAGAUGGAAGGGGUGGAUGAGAAUUUAUAUUUCACUCCUCGAACCUUUGUGAAUCAUUAUGAUAGUCUUUUGCUUACGUAA